AUGCCAUUUUACCAGAUCUACCACACGUAUCCUCUACAUCAAACACAGCGACAGUCCAUCGCCCUAUCCAUCACAAACCUGCACUGCAAAGCUUUCAGCACGCCUGCAUUUUUCGUGCAUGUGAGCUUCAGCUACCAAGACUCCAAGACUGACGACGGAACCUACUUCAUGGCGGGAAAGCUGCACUCCGGCAACUCUAAUCGCAUUGUUGCGCUGGUGCGGACGUCGGCUUCUCGAACAAAGGAGGACUUCGAUAACCUUGCAGCCAGCAUCGAAGACGCUUGGAACAAGGCUUUGCGAGAACCCAUUGACAAGAAUAUCAAAGGAAACGACGAGUUUGACGAAUCGAAAAGGUUACUUAUGGUUGUUUUUACGCCGAUAUUAGCAAUUAGAGAGGGCGGAAUGGUCAUUCCCGAGGCGGGUCAUGAUGAUAAUUGGUUAACGCGACAGCUGCCUUAUGUUAAGGCCUUGGCCGAAAAGCACAAUAUCAAUGACUUUAAGGACUUAGUGGGGGAGAUUGAACAAUGGAAGACUUCUCAUGGUCAGAUGGACUAG